UCCUGGUCGGCAUGGAGACCGCGUCGCGGCCCGAGGGAGCCUCAGGCGCCGCCUCUGUGCCAGGAGAGCCGCCGGGCUCGGGCCCGAGAGGAUGAAGAUCGGCCGAGAAGAGAGCAGCGAGUCCGAGAACGAGAGCGACGAGGAGGACGAGGAAGAGGAGGACGGCGGCCUGUCGGACGAGUCUGCCAACGAAUGCUUGAAGAGGCCGGAGGCCGAGCGGAAGGAUCCUCCGCGCGCCUCCCCUCCAGACAGAGGCCCAGAGCCCGGCCGGGAACAGCCCGGGGCCGGCCCGGAGGAACCCACGGCGGAGGAGGCCGAGCCGGAGGAGCCCCGGCCGAAAAGGAAGAGGAGGCACCGGCUGCUUUCCAUCAACCUCGCGAACUGCAAAUACGAAAGCGUUAGGCGUGCUGCUCGGCGCUGUGGCCUGAAAGAAGUGGGGGAGGAUGAGGAGUGGACUGUUUACUGGACUGACUGCUCAGUUUCACUGGAGCGUGUCAUGGAAAUGAAGAGGUUCCAGAAAAUCAACCAUUUUCCUGGCAUGGCCGAGAUCUGCCGCAAGGACCUGCUGGCCCGCAACCUCAACCGGAUGCUGAGGCUCUUUCCUAAGGAGUACUGCAUCUUUCCUCGCACCUGGUGUUUGCCAGCUGACUAUGGGGACUUCCAAGCCUAUGGACGAAUGAGGAAGAACAGGACGUACAUUUGCAAGCCGGACAGUGGCUGCCAGGGGCGGGGCAUCUUCAUUACCCGGAACCCUAAGGAAAUAAAGCAUGGCGAGCACAUGAUCUGCCAGCAGUAUAUUACUAAGCCCUUCCUCAUUGAUGGCUUUAAGUUUGACAUGCGCAUUUAUGUCUUGGUCACUUCCUGCGACCCCCUGAAGAUCUUUGUCUAUGAGGAGGGGCUGGCCCGCUUUGCCACCAUGAGGUACAUCGAGCCCAACAGCAGCAACCUGGAUGAUAUCUGUAUGCACUUGACCAACUAUGCCAUCAACAAGCAUAAUGAGAAUUUUGUGCGGGAUGACAACAUGGGCAGCAAGAGGAAGCUGUCCACCUUGAACACUUGGAUGCGGGAGCAUAGCUAUGACACAGCUGAACUGUGGCGGGACAUUGAGGACAUCAUAAUCAAAACGCUCAUUGCUGCUCACCCAGUUCUGAAGCACAACUAUCGCACUUGCUUCCCCAACCACAUCUCUGGUUGUGCCUGCUUUGAGAUUCUGGGUUUCGACAUCCUCCUUGAUCGGAAACUCAAACCGUGGCUUCUGGAGGUCAACCAUUCUCCCAGCUUUACCACAGACUCACGUCUGGACCGGGAAGUGAAGGAUGCCUUACUCUGUGAUGCUAUCAAUCUCAUCAACCUGCGGGCCUGUGAUAAGAAGAAGGUGCUGGAAGAAGACAAGAGGCGGGUGAAGGAGCGCCUUCUGCAGCCCCACCAGCAGCCCCGAGAGGCCAGGCGUGAACAGAUGGAGAACAGCCAGGCCGCCUGGCUGGCCCAAGCAGAGAAGUACGAGAACAGUCACCUGGGCCACUACCGGCGCAUCUUUCCCUCACAUGGCACUGAAAAGUACAGCCCUUUUUUCAAGCACAGUGGAUCCCUCUUCCAAGAGACGGUAGCCUCCAAGGCCAGAGAAGAGUGUGCCAGGCAGCAGCUGGAGGAGAUCCGUCAGAAGCAGGAGCAGAGGGAGAACACAGCUGGGAAGAAGAAACGGGAAGUGAAGGAGAGCUUGCAGGGGGAGUCGGCUGGAGAGAAGGCUCAGGAGAAGAGCAAGGGCAAGGCUGCCCUCACCCGAAUGGCGUACAGCCACAGCAAGACCUGGAGCCCCAAGAUGGCCUCCUUACAGUAUGACAGCAUGACUCCCCAAGCCAUAGUGGAGGAAGAAGAAGUCGAGAGAGUCAAGGCCCUCCUGCGGCGAGAAAACCUCAUCCGGGGGCUUGGCAUUGUUGACCAGCUGACCCGCCUGUUGCGCAGCGCCGAGCCAAAGUCUGUGGAAGUCCAGAGGCCCCACAUCAAUGUCUCUGAAUGCCAGCCGCACUUUCUCCAGGAUGUGUUCAACAACCACAACACCCAGGACCUGAUGACCCUUGUCCCCCUCUCCCUCCUGAGGGGUUCAGCUCAGGAGCUCGGCCGCCAGAUCCUGCAGCAGCAACCCACAGCACGAGUCCAGCUGCUGGGAAACCAAGGCUUCAUCCCAACGAUCCUGGGAGCCCUCUCGGGCCUUGGCCCCCCUCGCGAGCCACAACUCCACUUCCAGCCACCCAGGAACCUCAGCUGGCUGGGCACAGCCAUGGUGGGCGAACCUUGCACUCUGGCACGGAUGCUGAAAGCAGGAGGGCAGCGCUUUGCCAGUGCCAAGAAUAAAGCAGAAGGCAACAGAGUUGCAUCGAGCAAGAGACCUCUGUACCUGAGCCCCAGCUCCCUGAAUUGCCUCUCCCACCCUCGAAACGUCGCAGGCACCAUAUACAGCAGCUUCCCCUUCCCAUCUGUUGCAGCUCCUCUCAACCAUGCUGCCCUGCAAGGACUGGCCAUCAACUCGGCUUCAGCCCCCCUCAUCCGGCGCGGGAGUCCCCAUCGUGCCACCACUGUGGCUGCUAUGCAUUCCAGCCAAGCCAGCCGUUCUCCCAAAAACUUCCACCUCUGCAGAGCCGUGUUUCCCCUCCAGCUAACAGCAAGUUCUGAGAACGGUUCUAUGCACUUGGGCUGCACCCCUCCUCUGCUCUCUCUGCAAGCCAGGUUCCCGCUGCAGAUGCCAGUCAGCCUGCCCAGGCCCUGGGACAAUUCAUGAGAAGCCCUGUGGGCUGGGAAGAGGUUUCUUUUGUAGCCAACUUUGUAUUAAAGUUUUAUACAGUUCUACCCA